GUUAUCAGUGUGUUAUCGUACAAAGUUCAAUUAUCAAAAAUGAACAACAACAACAACAACAAUAACAACAGACGCUGGAACCUAUUAAAAGAAUUUUGCUCAUUCAACAACAUUAAAUUACGUAAGGAGAUUGGUGAAGCAAUGCGUGAUGGAAGUAAAAAAACUAUAUGUUUAUUACUCAUCGGAAAAAUAGAAGUUACUGUGGUUGGAAAUACAACAGAAGAAGUAAUGGAAAAAGCCAGUAUAGAGAUGAUGGAUAAAAUAAAGAUGUUAAUUAAUAAAGACGAAAAUGAAAAUCAACACCCAAUAAGAAAUAAAAAUGAUAGUUACUUGGGGUAUAAUCCUGUUUCAGUAUUGAACGAAUACUGUCAUAAAAAAAAUUCAUUUCCAAAAUAUGAACAAUUAAAUUGUGAAGGUCCACAGCAUGAUCCAUUAUUUACAAUAAAAGUAACUUAUCCGAUCCGUUAUCCACUCAAUCAAGUUACUAUGCAAGACUAUAGCUCUAUUGCAUCAGCUCGAACAAAAAAUGAAGCAAAAAGAAAAGCUGCUCAUUUAGCAUUAACAAAAAUUAAAAAAUUAAAUCAAGAACCAAAACCUUGUCCACCUCCAAUACCUAUCAAGUAUUUGAAUUCAAAUGCAUAA